UUGAAUCUUCAAAAAGGAGGUUUUCACUUUUGGCGGAAGUCAAUAUUUCACGCUGCAGAAUCAGAACAGAACUUAGAAGGACCAAUUGAAGUUGCAUUGAAAGUUAACUGUCCGACUAUCCUCAUGCCUGUCCUUAAGCGAGGCAGAUCCAGGUUGUCCAGUAGGAAAGGGGAUUAUAAGAACCGUGGCAAGAAAUCCAACAACAAACACUUUGCAGUCAAAAUUGAGAUUUCUCAAGAAUGUAAACCAGAGACGAUGUGUGACCAGAUCUCUGAGUACACUUACGCCAGUGACAACUUCUUCAGUCAGUGUUUAUCUACAUUACAAUCGGACUCAAGUCAAACUGUGACAGAAGCUGAUGAAGGAAGCUUAGACUACGCAGAUGCAUAUUAUGUGAUCAUAAACAAACAUGCAUUUCAGUACUAUGAGCAUGAUGACCUAGAUAGAUUUGUUCAAAAAAGAAAAGAUAUACUAUUCAGCAAGUUCAAGAAAGAGUGCUCAUAUAUUGAUAAUGAUGAUUAUGUGUGCUUUAAGAAAAGUCAGUCAGUCCGCUUUGUGCAGUUGUAUGACAGUGAUGAUCUAAUGAAAAUGAAAUUAGCUGUGUCAGUGAAUGAACAUUUCAGUGUUAGCAUCCAGGUACAUGACAAAAAGUUACUGUCCAACCACAAAAUAUGGAGUUCCAUUCCAAGAGUGUGCACCACAGUAUCUACUAUGUCAAGGAUAUUAAGAUCGGUUGGUCGGUUCAAUAUCUGCCCCGGAAAUCCUGACCCAGGUCUUCAAACAUUCAUACCAGAAGGAUCAUACUUGGAUGCAAGGGAUGGUCCAUCACGAAAAGGGCUACGCACAUGUUACACUGGAACGUCUACCAUUAUUUCAACAAACUGUCAGCUCCUUGUUCAGAACAAACGUUGUAAAUGUUGUCAGACCUACCGACGUACAUUACUCAUUCAACUCUCUAGGCAAGAGAAAACACGGAAAGUGUACACCCCUAACUUAAGAAAGAUUGGUUGCACUGUCAAACCCCUUUCAACAGGCUGACAUCUUAUCAGAAAUUUCAAAAGUUUAAGCAGGGACAUAUACAAACUUUUUUUUUGACCUAUACAAAAACAAAGUUUGUAUAUGUCCCUGGUUCAAGCAACACCAGGAAUACACAACAACACUGGAACAAGAGAAUGCAAAAAUGAAAAGAAAGAUAAAUCAUGAAAUUGACAAAAAUGGAAUGCAAUUAAGCUUAGAUUAAAGCAUGGAUUUUAUGGAACUGCUGGACAAUCCUAUAGACACAGAAAGUUCAUGGUACAGAGAAAAUGCAAACAGCUGCAAGACAUUAUUCUGGGAACAGCAAUUGAAAUACAAUCAAUUAAAGGACAAGCCGCAGAUGAGAUGGAACCCAAUGGUAUUAAUCGAAUCUGGCGCGGUAUAGACCAGUUCAUUGUUAUUGUUUUGAUUCCUGAUUUUCGUGCAUGCGCAAUGCACUGGUAGUCAAAACCAUUGCUUACAGCUAACGCAAAGCAUAUGGAUAACGAGACUUGUUUAGUCAAUAAAUCGAAAAGAAACUAAAAAACAACACCUAAAUAAUAUUUAAAAAUAUAAUAUUUAGUGACAAAAGAAUGCAUUAACACAUUUAUUUGCAUUUUAAAAGAACGCGUCAUUAGCAUCAAAUUAAUUAAGAUUGUCUGAAGACUGAACGACAGACAAUUCGGCACAACAAAGAGAUCUAUGCAUUAGCCGUAUAAUUAUUUGCAGAAAAGCUUCAAUAAAAAUAAUGAUACGUCUAAUUAUAAAAUUAUAAUUAUCAAUUGCAUGCGUAAACUAGAGUAAUAAAAAAUUAGUGAUAGAA